CCUCUCUCCUCAUAUUUAUUCGUCUCUCCGUCGAUCAGAACACUUCACAUUCUGAUAGAUCACAACUGUGUUCACCAUGGCCGAUCAAUCACGACAGCAACAGCUGACCCGAAAGCUCCACGACCAAGACCAGGACCAGUGGCAGCUGUUGGGCCCCUCCUUCUCCGCAGCCGGCCAGACUGGCAAGUUCCUGACAGCGGGCGCAGCUGGUAUCACCCUCCUGAUGUUAUCCGGGUUAACUUUCACCGGGACAGUGAUGACCCUCAUCAUGGCCACCCCGGUUCUGGUCCUGUUUAGUCCGGUUCUAGUACCGGCUGCGAUUGUCCAGUUCCUGACGGCAGCUGGUCUUGUUUUCUCCGGCGGGUGCGGGAUGGCAGCAAUACCGGCAUUUUCGUGGAUGUAUAAGAACGUGUCGAGUUAUGUGGCUGCUAAGAAAAGGGGUAACGCGUAUGGGCAGUUCGUACAAAUUUGUUUGUAGAUUUGAUUGUGAUUUUAGAGAGAUUAUCUUUUUAAGUUUUACUUUGUAGGUCACAUGACGUGGCAGUUAAUGUUACAUAAAUGAUGUUUAAUGUCAUUCCAGCCUUCUCUUUUCCAUCAAAUUCAAUUCA